CUUUUUUUUUUUUUUUUUCUUUUUUUCCUUUCACGGAAUCAAAUGGAAAUUUCUGCCUCGCGCGCACAACAGGCAUCGAGACAUCAUUUUUCCAGGCAAUUAUCCACGGUUUUUGCGGCCACGUCUAGACGAUGCCUCGUUCGUGUCCGUGUAGCGACGAAGAAACGAAAUGGCAGGUAACGAGGCGCCUGACAUCCGUCGAAGAACUGGCGACCGACGAUAACGGUGCUCCAGAAACGAUAACCAGUUCGAGCCGUCUGGUUCGGCGACCAAUAAGGAUCAUUGACUCCCUGUUAUCGCGCCGCAAUUCCCAGAUGUCUAAUACUCGACGAGAGAGUAUUUUUCGCAAAUAUUUUGACCAAACCGAGGCCGAGAAUGAGCAAGAUAUCGAAGAUUUCUUGGAAAUAAAGGAGGCUGUCCUCGCGUUCCGCAUCUUUCGCGAGGCUUUAAUGACCACCACGUGGUGCUAUCAUCGGAGGUAGUACGUGAGAAACACGGACGAGUAUCAUCACGCGGUGACUCGCUAAAAUUAUCCGUGCUUCUCUUUCGAGGCAACACCGUAGGAUGAGAAUUAAGCCGGCGCAAAAAACCAAGGCGACCGUGAAGACCAGCGACGGUCUCUUCGGUUUCUCAAAGGACUUCUCCUGGGAAGGUAGUCAAGUGGAACCCUCCUGUUUCUUCGCUGACAAUGUUCCCUUUCGAAUAUUUUUUCUUUUUUUUUUUCUCUCUCUCUCUCGGCAGAAUUUUUUUCUCCCGGCGAAGGAGAUGUUUCACUCCUUUUCUUCUUCUUUUAUUUUUGCGUUUUGUCGACGAUUUUUUCCUCUUUUUUUUUCUUUUUUUUUUUUUUUCUUAGGAAUUUUGAGUCGUACUCCACUACGAAUUUUAUCUUCGUUUAUUUCAACGAUGAAUUAUAAUCCUGUUCGCAAAAUUAUUCCAAAUCUUGCUUGCAACGCUUAUUGUUAAUUAUUAAGAUUGUAAUAAUGUAAUAAUUAAAUGCUGUAAUUGAAAUU